UCCAGAAAAGUGAAGUUAGGAGCUGCCACCGGCUGGUGUUCAUUGUGCUGGUGGUGCGCAGAAUAGAAAACACUCGGAUGAGGAAAAAUAGUUUCCUGCUCGUUCUGGAGUGAUGUUUCAAAAGACUGCUGGGUCAUAAGGACGGGCAAGAUGUUGCAGAGGUAGAAGAUCUUCAAGUGUUGGCUUUUACCUUUUGCAUUAGGACAAGUAGAGUACCACCUCAGUUCCUCCUCCCUGUUAAAUGAGCAAUGACGAAGAUGAUGAGCCAGGCCUCCUGUAGGAAAGGUCUGCAGGUGUGUUUACUCCUACUGAUGGUGGGAAGACUGCAGGGCAGGGUAACAGCACCAGAGCGUCUGGAAGCUCCAGUGGACAAGCCUUUUACUCUGAUAUGCAGUGUUUCCAGGGAUCGAGGUGAGUCUCUGAGGCAGGUGCGUUGGCUGGAUGUCCAGAACCAGACCCUGCUGAGCUACCUGCCCGGCCAAAGAGACAGUGUGAGUGGACAGCAGCAUGUGGAGCUCGCCUCCUCCCCAAAGGACGCCUCGGCUAUCACCAUCCGCAGGGUGGGCUUCCGUGAUGAAGGCUGCUACACCUGCAUCUUUGACAUGAUGCCUUCGGGUUCAAAGCAGGGACAGAUCUGCCUCACUGUUACGGCGCAAGUCACAGUCGACAGCAACAAAACAGCAGUGAGCGGCAAGAAGGCCUCCCUCUCGUGCUCCUACGGUUUGCCUGAGAAGGUGCAACAGAUCAUAUGGAGACACACUUCUGCACAAGGAGACUCCACAGAGGUGGCCUCCUUUGCAAAGCGGAGUGACCCCAUGAUAGAGCCACCCUACCAGGGAAGAGUCUGGCUAAGUGCCUCCCUGUCCGAUAGUCAGCUCACCAUCCAGCCUGUCGCUAUCCAGGACGAGGGCUGCUACACGUGCCUGUACACCACACUCCCUGAAGGGCAGAAGAGCUCCACGGUUUGCCUCGCCACCUAUGUGCUGCCCAAACCUCAGGUGAGCUACAAGACUACCUCUCCAGGUGUGAUCGAGGCCAACUGCACCUCAGUGUCGCGCCCCCCAGCGGAGAUAGUGUGGAACGUGGAGAGGGAUAACCGCACCAUGGGCCCCCCUGUUACGACACAGCUCCCACAGGGAGACGGGACCACCCUGGUCAUCAGCACACUGACUGUCCAAUCAGGCCUCCUGAAAGAUGUGUCCGUCAAAUGCUUGGUGCACCACAAAGGGCUUGAGUCACCGAUUGCUGUAUCCAUGAACACCAAAAUUGGGACGGCUCUCACCAUCCUGAUCUCAGUCACCACAGUGGCAGCCCUGUUGGUCAUGUCCCUCUGCUUCUGCCUGUGGAAGUGUUUCUUGCGCAAAGAAGCUGAUUAAUCUUUCAGAUGAGACCAGAAGCUGAAAGGAAGAGGCAGAAUAGUUUCCCUGCAUCAUCACCAUCCUCUUGGUACAAAGGGAAGAUGUUCUGACACACCUCUAUAGAAUGUCAAAUACAAUCGUAUGUAUGAGCGCCAACUGUACAACGACAUUCAUCUCUGCUCUUCUGCCUCCGCACCUGACUCUUAUAUAAUCUCCAGGCUGUCCUCACAUGAAGUCAAUGAGGAAAUGUUGAGUGGAUCAUUUGUUUUCUCUCUCUGUAAUUGAUUGAGUUGAUGGCCACACAUUCCACAACGCACAGCAGAGUCACUGUAUGGCGAGUUAAAGUACAGUGAUUUUGCUGUUACAGCAUAUUGCAUGUCUUUGAAAUACUCUCCCCUGGUUGUUUUUCUUUAUUAGUCCUUAAAGGAUAAGUCUGGUGAAAUUAUAUUUCUUCAAAGCCCAUGAAAAGACUGAACAGCAAAUGGAUAGAUUCUGCAACAACUAUUGUCGGUGUAGCCAAAGCACGAUAUAGCGUAUUCCUCUGAGCUCCUCUGAUGUCCAACAACUAUUAAAACACAUCACCAUCCUGCUUCUAUAAAUACUUACAAGCACACCAAAUGUGUAUUAAUCCACAGCUAAAAGUAAAGUAAAGUAAAAUAGUCCCUCAUAAACUAUUCUAUUAUUCAUCAAUAUUUUACUCCUGGUUGACUAAAACUACAGUGCUCAGCUGUUUUUGGAAAUCAUUUAGCUUUUUUUAGCUUUAUUCAAACCGUUAUCUACAUAGAAUUUAUUUGACAAAUAAAAAAAAUAAAAAAAUAUGGAAUACUGCCAGCCUUAUCCUUUAAAUAACCCAGCUAAUCGGCACCAUGGGCUCACCUUUAGCGUUUUUCUUCUUGUACCGCAGUCAAAGGCCUCUGUCACCUCUGUGUAUUUUUAAAAGGAGGAUGGGGUCAGGGACUGACCCUGAAGAAUAGUCAGUAGUUUACCUAAGGGGGCUGCAUACUUAUGUCUUGUUUGUGUAAUAUCUAUUACUUUUCUACACAUUUCACAGUCUGUUUGAGUGUGUUGUGAGAGUAUGUGUGUGUGUGUGUGUGUGUGUGUGUGUGUGUGUGUGCAUAUUUGUUAGAGGUUAGAUUUCACGAUCAGAUAGCUUGAAUCAAUUCCCUGAGAAAGCAACACUGAAACCUUUUUGUUGCCCCCGAAAGGAAUGCGUGUGUUGUUGCCUGUGUAGGCGAGUUCAUGUGUGUAAAGAUGUGAGUGUGCAGGUUGGGCUGCGGCAAGAAAGGUUAGUGCUUGGAUAACGGUUAAAUGUCCAGAAGAGCCACUGUUUGAGUGUUCUUGAAAAAACAACUAAAACCGUGCAUGCUCAUUUGUCGGUCACUCUGGAUCAAAGUGGCACCUAAAUACCUUAAAUAUAUGCCCAAAUGCCUUUUGUGACAUAUCAUAUUUGCAUGUGUCCAGGGGCAUUUUAAAAACUGAAGCUUUAGGCUAAAAUAAUCUUGUAUAUCAAAGCAUAUGAUUAGAAUCUGUCAGUUAUCAACUGAAUAACAUGUAGGUUAUAUUCGAGCUUUGUGCUUCAGUCGGGCACGUCACAGUCCUCACUAUUAAUAAGAGUUUAGGCAGCAUUCCUCUAUCGACAUAGUUUCACUAUAUGCAUACUACAUUGAUUAUGAGCCCAGAGUUUACAUUAGAAUAACUCGGAAAUGUGGUUUCAGAACAUUUUUAAAUUGAAAUGUAACAUAGUAUCAGCCCUGUACAGAGCACAACUGUAGUCCCGUAAAGGAAAAAAAUAUGACCAACUCUGAAAAGUUGAUGUAAUAAAUGCAACAAACAGAAUAAUAAAAUAUUUAAAAUAAUAUG